AUGGUCAACAUAAGCUUCGAACUAUCGCAGCAUGAGUUGGAGUGGCAGUACGAGCAUCGCCAUGAGACGCGGGUACCUGGGCUCAUCAUGGCAUGCGUCUGCACGGCCAUUGCCUCGGCGGUCAUAGUGUCCCUACGACUUCUGUCUCGACGGUUACGGCACGGUCGGCUUCAUCUGGACGCGAGCGAUUGGUUUCUGCUUGUGGCCUGGAUAUUCUUCGCCGCUGUGAACAUUUCUUGGGCUGUGGGAACUAAGUUUGAAAUUGGACGGCACGCGGUAGUGGUCACGGACAUCCGUAAAGUUCAGGUCAUAGCCGUUGUUGGUGAGGUGGCAUAUACUUUCGCCAUUACCUUGAUCAAGUUCAGUGUCCUGGCGCUAUACGCAAGGGCUUUCCCAGGGCCAAAGUUUCGCUACUGCGUGUGGGGAGUUGCCCUCUUUGUGUUUGGUUGGGGCAUGUCUGGUUCUGUUGUCGCUAUUUUCCAAUGCAAGUCUAUCGACGAUGUCUGGCGACCGAAUACCCGAGACCUCUGUAUCAGCUUGGGCCUACGGAAUCUUGUUUUUGGUAUUAUCAAUGUUGUCACGGAUAUAAUUAUCAUGGCUAUGGUGAUACCUUUAGUCUGGAAUCACAAGGUGAUGGGGCAGGAAAGGUGGCUAGUGCUAGCAACUUUUGCUGUUGGGAUUAGUGCCUGGGCUCUGGGCAUCGUGCGACUCCCAUUUUCCAUCAAAGUCAGCGCAAACGAUAGGACAUGGGAUGCUGCACCCACCGUCAUCGUUAGCUUGCUUGAGAUCGUCGUCGGCAUGCUAGCGGUCUCGAUGCCAACCUAUCUCCCGCUUUACAAGCACAUAUUCAGAGGCGGAAGCUGCAGGAUGAGCAACGGCAGCCAUGUCUGCAGCUACAAGGAGACCUUGCACAUGGGUCUUUACGGCAAAGGAACGCACAAUGCCGUCAACGUCACUUCCCCUGGGACUCAUAUGGGAAGCAAUCAUGCCGGUAUCAGUGUCACUAAUCAUAUAGAACUGAUUAGACAUACCAAUGAAAGUGGACAGUGGGUUAGGGUCACAGAUGACGAAGACGAAGAGUUGUGUGAGCCUACCAGGAGAGAGGCGCACGAAAAUGAGUCGUCUACUUCCGUAGCUACCAAAAGUCAGAUAGUAUAAUGAAAAUAGAAUUCGUCUUGCUGAUUACA